CGAAAGCACCAUCGCGGCUUUCCCUAUAUAUAUAAAGGGAUCCACGGCAUCUCUACACUUCGUAUCAUUACUGCGGUAACGUGCGAUACAGCGCUCACGAUAACUCUUAUCACUGACGAUCCCCUUCUUAAGACAUUGAUCUUUCGCCAUCUCAUCGAUAGAUCAAGUUUAAUCUAUUAAAGAAGAAAAGAGAAGAAAUUUUCUUUUGACGAACAAACGUCUUUUUGUUUCACGUUACUCGAAGAACAAAUCGUAUCGGCGAUUACUUUCAUAAAAUCCAACAUGAGGGCUGAAUUCGGUCUAAGAACUAGCAUCCUCCUUGUCAUCUUCGGCAUCGUCUGCGCGGUGGAAAAUUAUGUGGAUUAUGGAGACGAAUCACCGGACAAAUCGACGGCCGAGAAUAUUCACGAACUUUACAGACUCAUCCUGCAACGGAACGCUUUAGAAAACGGCGGAUUUAAUGGGAUCCCAUUGGAACAUCUGAUGAUUCGUAAAUCUCAACGAUCGCCGUCAUUGCGCUUACGAUUUGGACGUUCUGGUUCACCUCACAUUUCGGCGGGCUUGCUCUCGAAACCGAUGGCAGCUGUGGCGACGGGUUUCGAGGAUAACAAUUAAUAAAAGCGUUGGACGAAUUGAAUUAUUUUUCCUUUGCUAUGAAACGACGUCACUCUCUUAUAUUUCUCAUAAAUCUUAGAUAAAGCGUAAGAAAACUUCUCUCGUAUCUACGCUUAUUAUAUUAACGACAGUGGGAAAGUAAACCAAACAAAAAGAAAAAAAAAAAAAAAAAGAAAAGCAAAAAAAAGAAAAAAGAAGAUUUAUCGUCAUCAUUUAAUUCGUAAUCAAUAAUUAUCUCUGAAGAUUCUUCCGUUUCAUCUUCGACUUAUAACAGCGAUGUUCUAUCUUUACUAUCAAACAGGAAAAGAAAAAAAAAAAAAAAAAGAAAAAGGAAAACAAAAAAAGGAAAAAGAAAUAGUAAAAAAGAAUAAAGGAACGAGAUAUAUAUAUAUAUAUAUAUAUAUAUAUAUACAUGUAUAUCAAGAAUAUCAAAAGAAAAUCGUCAUUUGGAAACUUGAAAACCAAUCGCUCCUGUAAUUAUUUAUCUAAUUUAUUUGUAUUAAUGGGGAACCAUAAGAAAUAAUAUAAUUCAUGUAACAAAAUCUUGAAUGGACAUAUGAAACGCAUUUUAUCUCACGUUAUAUCCAUUUUUUAUUCGUCGAUUAAACGAUUAAUACAAUAGCUUUCCAUUAGAUAAGAGAAUUGUCGUUAACUAAGUAGAAACUUGCAUACAUAAAUUGUCCUGUGUAAAACUUUAUAUACCUAAUCGUUACUAUCUGCUGCUUGUUUUCAUUCUGAAAGCUAAAAUAGUGUCUCGUUUUAGCGAAAAAAAAAAAAAAAAAAGGGCGUCUGGCCUAAAUACCCGUCGAUUAUGAAGAAACAAAUUGUUUUUAUUCUUCCUUUCUUUUCAAUUGUUUUUCUUUUUUUUUUUCUUCUCCUUUUUUUUCCUUUUUUCUUUUUUUUUUUUUUAAUUCUUUUUCGAAAAUAAAAUAAAAAUGAAUCUUCUUCUCGCAAAUUCUCAUCAUUCCGUUGAAAUAUUACACAUAAAAAAUUCGAUGUGUAUCUUCAAAAACGUCCAUUAAAUGAGUAUAAAUAAAAAAAAAAAAAUUAUAUAUAUAUAUAUAUAUAUGUGCCAAAAAAGAAAUAAAAAAGAAAAAAAAAUAGAAAGAAAAAUGUAUAUGAAUAGAAGAAAAAUCAAUAAAGGUAUGAGGUAUUUGAUUUCUUUUCCAAAGCAGCAAUUACGUUGUCAUGAUACAUUACGUUUAUUUAUUUAUUUAUUUAUUUAUUUAUUUAAUUACUUAUUUAUUUAUUUAUAUAUUUUUUCGUUUAUUUCUUUCUCUUCAAAAAAGAGAAAUAUACAUAAGUACAUAAGCGACGUCUUUCUCCAGAUUAUUAUAUGUAUACCCUUGAGUAGUGAUAUAUCUCUAUUAUUAAAAUAAUCAUUCGUCAAAGUUUAUCAUUAUCUAUUCUAUACGACAAAUAAAGAAGUUGAGAAAAGAAUGAAGAAAAAA